GCCGGAGGUCCCGGCCGCCAUGGACCGAGGCCGGGUGCUGGAGCAGCUGCUCCCAGAGCUCACUGGACUGCUCAGCCUCCUGGACCAUGAGUACCUCAGUGACAGCACCCUGGAGAAGAAGAUGGCCGUGGCCUCCAUCUUGCAGAACCUGCAGCCCCUCCCAGCCAAAGAAGCCUCCUACCUGUACGUGAAUUCUGCAGACCUGCACUCGGGGCCCAGCUUCGUGGAGACCCUCUUUGAAGAAUUUGACUGUGACUUCAGUGAUCUUCAGGACAUGCCAGAAGAUGACAUGGAACCCAGUAAAGGAGCCAGCCCAGAGCCAGACAAGAGCCCAUCUCUGAGAAAUGCAGCUGACCUGCCUCCACCACUGCCCAACAAGCCUCCCCCCGAGGACUAUUAUGAAGAGGCCCUUCCUCUGGGACCCGGCAAGUGUCCUGAAUACAUCAGCUCGCAAAAUGGCUGCAGCCCCGCCCAGUCAAUUGUAGAUGGGUACUAUGAAGACGCAGACAGCAGCUACCCCACCACUAGGAUGAACGGCGAGCUGAAGAACUCCUACAAUGACUCUGACCCCAUGAGCAGCUCCUAUGAGUCCUAUGAUGAGGAAGAGGAGGAAGGAAAGGGGCCACAGCCCCGGCACCAGUGGCCCUCAGAAGAGUCCUCCAUGCUCCUGGUACGGGACUGCAGGAUAUGUGCCUUCCUGCUUCGGAAGAAGCGCUUCGGGCAGUGGGCCAAGCAGCUGACCGUCAUCAAGGAGGACCAGCUCCUGUGUUACAAAAGCUCCAAGGACCGGCAGCCACACCUGAGGCUGGCACUUGAUGCCUGUAGUGCCCUCUACAUCCCCAAAGACAGUCGGCACAAGCGCCAUGAGCUGCGCCUCUCCCAGGGAGCCACUGAGGUCUUGGUGCUGGCCCUGCAGAGCAGAGAGCAGGCUGAGGAGUGGCUGAAGGUCAUCCGGGAGGUCAGCAAGCCUGUUGGAGGAGCCGAGGGGUUGGAAGUCCCCAGAUCCCCAGUCUUCCUGAGCCAGCUGGACCUGGACAAGAGGUUGUCCCAAGAGAAGCAAACCUCAGAUUCCGACAGCCUGGGCAUGAGUGAAAGCAGUUCCACCCUCGGCCACCGGGAGGCUUGUGAACAUGGCAAGGGGAAGAAGAACAGCCUGGCUGAACUGAAGGGCUCUGUGAGCAGGGCUGCUGGCCGCAAGAUCACCCGUAUCAUCAGCUUCUCCAAGAAGAAAGCUCUGGCCGAGGACCUGCAGACCUUUUCUGCUGAGGAGGAAGUUCCGUGCUGUGGCUAUCUGAACGUGCUGGUGAACCAGGGCUGGAAGGAACGCUGGUGUCGCCUCAAGUGCAACAUGCUGUAUUUCCACAAGGAGCGUGGGGACCUGCGGACCCACGUGAACGCCGUCGCCCUCCGGGGCUGUGAGGUGGCUCCAGGCUUUGGACCCAGGCAUCCAUUUGCCUUUAGGAUUCUGCACAACCAACAGGAAGUGGCCAUCCUGGAGGCAAGCAGUUCAGAAGACAUGGGUCGCUGGCUUGGACUGUUGCUGGUGGAGAUGGGCUCCAAAGUCACCCCAGAGGCUCUGCAUUAUGACUACGUGGACGUGGAGACCUUAACCAGUAUUGUCAGUGCUGGGCGCAACUCUUUCCUGUACGCAAGAUCCUGCCAGGAUCAGUGGCCUGAGCCCCGUGUCUAUGAUGACGUCCCUUACGAGAAGGUGCAGGAUGAAGAGCCUCAGCACCCCACGGGGGCACAGGUGAAGCGCCAUGCAUCCUCCUGCAGUGAGAAGUCCCACCGAGUGGACCCUCAGGUCAAAGUCAAGCGCCAUGCUUCCAGUGCCAAUCAAUACAAGUAUGGCAAGAACCGAGCUGAGGAGGAUGCCCGAAGGUACCUGGUAGAAAAAGAGAAGCUGGAGAAAGAGAAGGAGACAAUUCGGACAGAACUAAUGGCCUUGCGGCAGGAGAAGAGGGAGCUGAAAGAAGCCAUCCGGAGCAGCCCAGGAGCAAAGCUGAAGGCCCUGGAAGAAGCUGUAGCCACCCUAGAAACUCAGUGUCGGGAGAAGGAGGAGCGCAGGAUUGACCUGGAGUUGAAGCUCGUGGCUGUGAAGGAGUGCUUGCAGCAGUCCCUGGCAGGGGGCCUGGCCCUGGGGGUGUCUGUGAACAGCAAGAAGUGUGGGGAAACUGCAAAUAAACCCCAGAACAGUGUCCCAGAACAAUCUCUCCCUGUCAACUGUGUUUCUGAGCUGAGGAAAAGGAGCCCAUCCAUUGUAGCCUCCAACCAAGGAAGGGUGCUACAGAAAGCCAAGGAAUGGGAAAUGAAGAAGACCUAGGAAGAGAAUGAGAAUUCCA